ACGGCAUUUUCAGUAUCAAGGGUUCUUGGGCCUUCAAAGAAUGAAACUGAGCCCAUAAAUUUGCUAGAGUGGGCUUUCUCAGACAACCUAGAGCCCAAAAGGAAAGACCGGCAGAGAUAGGAUCGGACAGCAAUCAAUUCAUUAUAAAGAAGGUAACAUCAGCUGGCCCAGGUACAGCCUAUCUCUCUCUCUCUCCCCACUCCGCUCUUCUUCCGGUUCUUCUAUUAUAGAUAAACAGCAAAACCCGCCAAUCCCAUAUCCGUACAAAAAAAAGAGGAAAAAAACCCAAACCCCGGUAAAUCCAUCCGGUUGUAGGUUAAAAAGUUCAAAAGCAAAAAUUUUCUCUGUUUUCACGUCACACUGCAGCAAUGAACACUAUGCCAUUAUAGCGAUUCGCGAGCCACCCUUCCUCUUUCACACCAAUUUGCUUUACUUCCUCCUUCUCCUUACUUCUCCAAAAAAAAGAAAAAAGAAAAAAGCAACCCCUCUAAAACAGAAUCAGAAAUGCAAAUGCAGCUGCUUAACUCUCCACUCUCCUCUGAUAUGAUUAGGAGAGAAUCUUUGAUCGUUUUAAUUUUAAUGUGGCAAUAAAGAGCUCCUGAGUCCUGACCGAGUCUCGUGAUUCGAGCUCCCUCAAACUGAAAAAACUAGAUCCCAACCCCGCCUCUGAUCCUCGGAUUUCUCAGUACAUUAAAUUUUGCCUCUGUAGGUAAAAGUCGAAACUCUGGGGUUAAUUUAUUAAUCUCUCUUGUCUUUACUGUGUUUCUUCGAAAGGAAAAGCUGCUGGUGAAUUUAUUAGUAUUUCAUAGUUUAGUUCUAAAAUUUUGAGAAAUGUAGUUUUGAUUGUAAUCUUGAAAAUUUUCAGAGAUUUUCAUAAACAACAAUGCUGACGUGCAUAGCUCGUUCCAAGCAAGCCGGUGAUGACUCACUGAGUCAACCAGAGGAAAUGGACUCUUCAACUGCUCCUAACACUAAGCAAAACCAAGCCAUCAAAUCCCUCACUUCUCAGUUGAAGGAUAUGGCGCUAAAGGCUUCGGGAGCGUACAGGCACUGCAACCCCUGCACGGCGCAGAGUCGGUUGAGGAACUCGGGCGAGUCUGACGCGGACUCGGACAGGUUCAGGUGGUCGUAUCGUAGGACGGGGAGUUCGAGCACGGCGACACCGAGGACGUGGGGGAAGGAGAUGGAAGCAAGGUUGAAAGGGAUAUCGAGUUCAAGCGGAGAAGCGACGCCGAAAUCGUUGAGCGGGCGCCGAGUCGAAUCGAUCGUGUUCGUCGAAGAAAGUGAGCCUAAAGAGUGGGUGGCGCAGGUGGAGCCCGGAGUGCUUAUCACCUUCGUUUCGCUUCCGCGCGGCGGGAACGAUCUCAAGCGGAUACGGUUCAGUCGGGAAAUGUUUAACAAAUGGCAAGCUCAAAGAUGGUGGGCAGAGAAUUAUGACAGAGUGAUGGAACUCUACAAUGUCCAGAGGUUUAACCGCCAGGCAUUCCCUCUACCAACACCCCCGAGAUCAGAAGAUGAGAGCUCGAAAAUGGAAUCAGCAGAAGAAAGUCCUGUAACACCACCAUUAACUAGAGAACGCUUACCUCGUAAUUUAUAUCGUCCAACAGGGAUGGGCCUGGGCUACUCUUCCUCAGAUUCACUUGAUCAACACCCAAUGCAGGCCAGGCAUUAUUGUGACUCUGGUCCUACCUCAACUCCAAAACUUUCCAGUAUUAGUGGUGCCAAGACAGAGACAUCAUCAAUGGAUGCCUCGAUGAGAAGUAGCUCAUCAAGAGAGGCUGAUCGCUCCGGAGAGCUAUCCAUCAGCAAUGCCAGUGAUCUUGAGACUGAAUGGGUUGAACAAGAUGAACCAGGGGUUUACAUUACUAUCAGAUCCUUGCCAGGGGGCAAAAGGGAGCUUAGGCGAGUUAGAUUCAGCCGAGAAAAAUUUGGAGAGAUGCAUGCUAGACUGUGGUGGGAAGAGAACCGAGUCAGGAUACAUGAACAAUACUUGUAAUUGAGCAAACAAAGGAGGCUAGCUGUCUUGCUGGCGCUUUUCUAAAUUGUGGGGGUGUGUAUUUUUGUCAUUUCUUCUGCCAUACUUGUAGAAUCCCUUUUACAGAGAUCUAAGCAGGUGUUUCUGCCUACUGGCACCUGUGUUCCUAUUUGGGCAGUUAAGUUUUUCCAGCUUCAUAGUAGCUUAGAAAUGUGAUGGUGGGAUUUUAUAUUAGUAGUUUCUUAAAAAGUGUUGGUGGAUAAAGAGCAUCAACUGUGUAUUUGGGUGGUGGUAAAAAAGGAAAAAAAAAAUCAAUAUCAAUGAAAGAAUGUUUUUCCUCGUUCUUUGAUACUUCUGCUUUGUCAUGUUGCUUUACUCACAUGAAAUUUGAGGUACUAAAAACUAAAAAGGUAGCGUCUAUACAAUUACAAAGAGUGUUUGACCACCGAGAGAAAUAGCUUCUAAAUUGGUCAAAUUUUUGUACAACCAAAGAUUUUAGAGUUUCGACACCUCCAGCUUAGGUGUGACAUAUAUUAUUGUACAAAUUAAAUAGUGAUGGAACAUGUGAAGCCAGCCGAAUUUUCCCAAGCUAUUCACCGCCAACAAAAGUCAAAAACAAACCAGCAAUUAUGUUCAUUUUUAGAAGCAAUAUUUACCCAAUUACAGAGUUACUUGUAUUUUUUUGAUUCGGGGAAAGGAUUCCAAACCAAAUAUCUCUUAAAAGUGGCCCAACAAAAAAGUUCAGGAGCCAAACUCAGCCCAAAUCAAAUCACUGCAAGACCUAUUGAGAUGGAUUCGAUCAUUCAUGUCCACAGACUUCGGCCUAAAUCUUUUGUCCAAGUUUUCGAAUAAUAUCUGAGGUUCUUUUGAGGUCCAAGCUUUUGGU